AACAACUCCAAGUCUCACGAUUACAUUGUUUAUCUGUCAUGUUGGAAUUCAAUUUCUACAACCCUACAUUUUGCGAAGACUUUGUGCGAAGCUUUACCAAUCCUCUACGCGUCUUCCGGUACUGUUUCAGUUAGUAUAAUAGAAUGAGCCGCCCACAAGAACCACACAGGCCUUUCCUCCCCUUUGGAAAUCCUUUUCGUAGGAUGUCACCGAAGGGCUCAUACCUAUCCCCUAAACUCCUUGCGUUGUUAAAUACAUUUGAGGAGACAUUGCAGGGUAGGAUUAACAAUCUUAGGCCAGUAGGUAGGGAUGAUGUCUUGCGCUUAUCCUGGAUGAGGUUUGGGAUGGACACACUGUGUGAAAUUCAUACUGACGUGAAAACUUUAAUUACGGCUCUUGAACUCCCUGUUUGUGAUUGGGAUGACAAAUGGAUAGAUGUGUAUCUAGAUGAUAGUGUGAAGUUGCUUGAUAUCUGCAUUGCUUUCAGCUCUGAGAUAUCUCAGCUGAAACAGGGCCACCUCUUUCUCCAAUGUGUUUUGCAUAACUUUGGUGGAGCCCCCACAAAACAGUUUGAACGGGCCCGUUCUUCCCUAGAGGGAUGGAAGGAACAUGUUGCUAAAAAGAAUCCAAGAUUUGAUAAUUGCUUCUGUGCCAUGGAUGUACUGGCUGAGAAACUGGACCUACCAAAAAUCAAGAACUCUGCCAAGGGGAAUAUCUUGAUGCGAGCAAUGUAUGGAGUCAAGGUGGUUAGUCUCUUGGUAUGUAGCAUAUUUGCUGCUGCAUUCUCUGGUUCCACAAAGAAGUUGAUGGACAUACAGGUUCCUGAAUCUUUCUCAUGGGCAGCCGCAUUUUCUGAGCUCCAGGCUUUUGUAAAUACUGAAAUAAGAAGCCUACACUCGAGUGGGAGGACCACGAUACUGAAGGAGCUAGAAGCUGUUGAUACAGAUGUGAAGAAGUUAUACCCAAUUGUGCAAGAAGAGGAGAACUUGGUUGAAGCUCAAGUUUUGGUAAGCUCGACAUCAGAUUUAGGAAAAUCGGCAGGAAAACUCUCACAAGGACUUGAUCUACUCGCAAAGGACGUAGACAGGUUCUUCCAGAUAGUCCUAACUGGACGCGAUACUUUACUCGGUAACCUUAGAAUUGGUGGUAAUGCAUCUGACGGAGUGCGACGAGUUAACUUCAAAGGAGGUCCAUUGGUUUGCUGAAGGUUAAAUGUAAACCCGCUCCUUUGUACACAAGUAUGUAGUUUAGGAGUACUGUGUUUUCUGUUUGAAUAUAUACAAAAUAUAUGUGAGGUGUGCUGUGUCUCUGGCUAUGUAAUACUAGAAUUAUGGGUGAAUCUUUAUGUAAAAUCAGUAUUAAUGAUAUAUAAAUAUGGCUUUCAUAUCUA